GCGGCGGGGGACGCAGCUGGAGCCGGGGCCGUUGUGACGGGGCCUUGGAGCCGCAGUUUGGACCCGGACAAGAAGCGUCCGCAGCCCCCGAUCCUGUCCCCGCAGCCGGGCCGGGCUAAGCCAUGUUCUGUGUGCGGGGGGCCGGGCCAGGCCGGGGCUAGGAGCUGCUGCCGGUGGAGGCGGUGGGGUUAGAUGCGCUGGAGUCUCCGGGAGCGGUAGAGGGAGCCGCCCCCUCCCCCUCCCCCCGGACGGUGUGUGACGGGGACGGGCGCCACGACCGGCACAGACUCCCGAGCCCGUGCGUGAGCCCCGGGGCAGCGUGAGGAGCCCGGGCGAGGAGCCGCGCAGCUCUGUUCGCCAGCCCGCCUCCGCCCCCUCCCUAUGGUGCGCCUAGAGGAUGGCGAAGAGACCGCGCAGUGAGGAAGAAGAUGACAACCUUCAGUAUGCAGAUCAUGACUAUGAAGUACCACAGCAAAAAGGGUUGAAGAAGAUAUGUAACAGAGUAAAAUGGACACGUGAUGAGGAUGAGAAGCUAAAGAAGCUGGUAGAACAAAAUGGUACAGAUGAUUGGACUUUCAUUGCUAGUCAUCUACAAAAUCGUUCGGAUUUUCAGUGCCAGCAUCGCUGGCAGAAGGUUCUAAAUCCAGAAUUGAUUAAAGGUCCCUGGACUAAAGAAGAGGAUCAGAGGGUUAUUGAACUAGUUCAGAAGUAUGGUCCAAAACGCUGGUCUUUAAUUGCAAAACACCUAAAAGGGAGAAUAGGCAAGCAGUGCAGAGAGAGAUGGCAUAACCACCUCAAUCCUGAGGUAAAGAAAUCUUCAUGGACAGAAGAUGAAGACAGAAUAAUCUAUGAAGCUCACAAGCGUUUGGGAAACAGAUGGGCUGAAAUUGCAAAACUUCUUCCUGGAAGGACAGACAAUUCAAUAAAAAAUCAUUGGAAUUCCACUAUGCGAAGAAAAGUGGAACAGGAAGGAUACUUACAAGAUGGAAUCAAGACUGAGCAGCCUAGUUCAUCAAAACUUCAACACAAACCUUGUGCCACUGUAGAACACUUACAAACCCAAAAUCAGUUUUACAUACCUGUUCAGGCACAAAUUCCAGGUUACCAGUAUGUGUCAUCAGAAGGCAGCUGUAUAGAACAUGUUUCAACUUCUUCAAACUUUAUUCAGCAUCCAUUUGUUGAUGAUGAUCCUGAUAAAGAAAAGAAAAUAAAGGAACUUGAGUUGCUCCUUAUGUCAGCUGAGAAUGAAAUCAGAAGAAAGCGAGUAUCAUCUCAAACUGGAAGUUUCUCUAGCUGGUCUGGAAGCUUCAUCAUGGAAGAUAGCAUGUCUAAUACUCUAAAUAGCCUUGAGGAACAAACAAGUGAGUUUUACAGUAUGGAUGAGGCCCAGGGCACAUCUGCGCAGCAGAAUUCACCCACCAAGUUCCUAGCUGUGGAGGCGAAUGCAGUGUUGUCAUCUCUACAGACCAUUCCAGAAUUUGCAGAGACACUAGAGCUUAUUGAAUCUGAUCCAGUAGCAUGGAGCGAUGUCACCAGCUUUGACCUUUCUGAGGCUGCUAAUUCCCCUGUCAAACCUGCUCCAGUAACAUUAAUGAGGAUUCAACACAAUGAAGGGGCUAUGGAGUGCCAGUUUAAUGUCAGUGUUGUUCUUGAUGGCAAAAAAAAUAGUUGUAGCAGUGGAGAAGAAGAGAUUCUUUCAACAUCUCCUUCCAUAGCCAAGUUCAGCACUCCACCUGCUAUCCUAAGGAAGAAAAAAAGAUUGCGAGUUGGACAGUCACCAGUCAAUGAGCUGAAUGAUGGGUCAUAUAAUGAUGCUGUCAAUGUUGCACUAAAACAAACACCCGUAAAAACACUACCCUUUUCCCCAUCACAGUUUUUCAACACAUGCUCCGGAAAUGAACCAUUUAACCUUGAAAAUCCUGCAUUUACAUCAACUCCAAUCUGUGGGCAGAAAGUCCUUAUUACAACUCCUCUCCACAAGGAAAUGACACCAAAAGACCAAAAGGAAAAUGCAGGUUUUAGAACUCCAACAAUUAGAAGAUCUUUACUGGGUACCACACCAAGGACUCCAACUCCUUUUAAGAAUGCUCUAGCUGCUCAGGAGAAAAAAUAUGGCCCUCUCAAAAUUGUGUCACAACCACUUGCCUUCUUGGAAGAAGAUAUUAGAGAGGUUUUAAAAGAGGAAACUGGAACAGACAUAUUCCUUAAGGAGGAAGAUGACUCUGUCUAUAAAAGCUGCAAGCAAGAGCACACUUCUGCCAAGAAAGUCAGAAAAUCAUUGGUCUUGGAUUCUUGGGAAAAAGAAGAACUUGGUGCCCGACUCUUCACAGAAGAUAAUGUUUUGGAUGUACAGUCAGAAAAUAUCUAUACUACAUCUUUACUAAUGAUACCGUUGCUGGAAAUACAUGACAACAGAUGUAAUCUGACAUUGGAGAAACAGGCUACAACUUCAACAAACAAAACAAAUGCAGUAAUUAAAAAGAAACUGAAUUCUUGCACUUCAAAAAAUGUCAAAAUGGAAAAGUCUCUUCAGUCAAAUUGUGAGUGGGAAGCAGUUGUUUAUGGAAAAACAGAAGAUCAGCUUAUCAUGACCGAACAAGCAAGAAGAUAUCUGAGCACAUAUACAGCUUCCGGCAGCACUUCAAGAGCUCUAAUUCUGUGAGGAUCACUGCAACUGACAAAACCAUCCCUUCCCCUUACAAUUAACACUACACUGAAGGAGAUUCCAGUUAAAUAUAUGUGAAUGAAGUCUCUGGGUGUUUUUUUUUUUUGUUUGAGACAACCUUGUAAAGGAAAACUUCUCUUUUUAAUUGACAAAACAAACAUACGAAGCUUUGCCUUUUCAAGUAAGGAUAGCACAAAAAAUCCUGCAAUUAACUUUUUUAAUAGAUUUUUUUUUUUAAAAAAUCUAAAGCAGGGUGUAAAGAAUAGUCCAAAAUAUUGGAGUAAAUGUCGACAUACACUCUUUUUUUUUUUUUUU